AUGGCGUCUCGCGGUACAAGAGUAGUCAGCUUCGCUACAUCUACUCUUCCCAGCCCAACUCCAAAUAUCAACCUGAAUUCUUCUCAGCCAGCAAACUGGACACUGUCGGGAUCUCCACGACCGCCAGCAAUGCCCUCAAUGCCACUUCACGCACCUUACCCUCUUCCAAUGGCUAACCUCGGCGGCCUUCCUAUUAAAUCCAUCGAUGAUCCCAUAACAGCCGUCUUCCUCUUCCUCUUUGUGCUCGGUGCUGUUGCACACAUGACGAUUCUCAUCACCAAUCUAAAACGCGGCCAUAAAUUCAUAAUCUCAGGUUUGCUUUUCGGUUUUUGUAUGGCUCGAAUAACGACAUGUACCAUGCGUCUUGUCUUCGCAAGUUACCCACGGAACGUGUCGAUAGCCAUCGCAGCACAAAUCUUCGUUGCAGCAGGCGUGCUACUACUGUUCAUCAUCAACCUGAUCUUCACGCAAAGAGUGGUCAGAGCAACUCAUCCGCACUGGGCAUGGAGCAAGCCAUUCUCAGUAAUUUUCAAAGUCUACUACGUCUCCAUAGUGCUUAUGCUCAUCGCCCUCAUCUUCUGUACCGUCCAAGGCUUCUACACCCUCGACACCAACAUCCGGCGUAUAGACCGAGACGUGCAACUCGUCGGCUCAACAUACUUCGCCGUCGCAGCAUUCCUACCCAUUCCUCUCCUAGCUCUAAACUUCCUCAUACCAAGGAAAUACAAACCUUCUGCUCCACGAGUUGAGAAAUUCGGUUCGGGAAGAUUCAGAACCAAGAUAUGGAUUCUGGUUGUAACUUCUGCUCUCUUGACCUUCGGCGCCGCAUUCCGUGCAGGCAUAGCAUACGUCCCUCGGCCUAAAACAGAUCCAGCAUGGUACCACGACAAAGCCUGUUUCUACAUCGUGAACUUCACGGUUGAAAUCAUUGUCAUAGCCAUUUUCGCAGCUGUGCGAGUAGACAGGCGUUUCCACGUCCCAGACGGGAGUCGGCGACCCGGUGACUAUCUCCGGAGGAACGAUGGGUCAGUGGAUGGGGAUCUGGACAGGCGACUUUCGAGGAAUAGCGACGGAGGAUCUAUGACGAGGAUUGGUAAUGAAGAGGAGGUCUUUGGUGAUGGGGGAUUUGUGGUCGUAGAGAAGACGUCGUCGCGAAGGUCGAAGGGGUCUACAAGAUCGAGAAGAUCUAGACAUUCUAUACCAGGUAAGGAUGUCGAGAUGGAGACCGGAAAGGACAAUGUGGAUGCUGGUCAGAGGCCGAGUACGGAACUGCUGGAGAAACCACCUGCUCCACGCAUACCCGGGAAUAGUCCGAGGUUGAGUGAGUCGUCAACGUUGACGGCCAAUGAGGCGGCUCGUCUUCAGUGUGAUUACGAGACAGAGAUCCAGAAUAGGUCAUAA